UCCCCGCCGGAGCCAGGGCAGGAGCGGCAGACCUGGCUGCGCCGCGCCAUGCCGCGCUCCAGCCGCUCCCGCGGGGCGCCGUGCGUGCGCGCAGCCGGGCUCGGAUAGGCGCCGGGCGCCCCGAGACCUGCCCUCCGCGGAGGCUGCCGCUCCCCGGGGCAGCGGGGCCGGCUCUGCGCGGGCGCGGCCGGCGCUGGGCUCGGGGGGCACCUCCCGCCCGCCCCCCGCCCGCCCCGCCGCGCUCCCCGCCCGCCGCCACUCCGGCGGCUCCGCCGAGCAGCACCGCGGCUCCGGCUGCCGGGGCCGCCGCCGCGCACGGCCACCAAUGCGGGGGAUACUGGCGGGCAGGCAGCGGCUCCGCGGCAGCGGGGAGGGCAGGUGAACUCCGGGGAAGGAUGACCGGCGUGGCCGCGAUCGUCUUUUUCCUGCAGCUCUUGCCCAGGGCGGACGGACAGGUCUUCCCAGGUGGUUGUUCAUUCGAUGAGCACUACAGUAACUGUGGUUAUAGCGUCGCCUUGGGAACCAAUGGAUUUACCUGGGAGCAGAUCAACACCUGGGAAAAGCCAACAAUGGAUCCUGCUGUCCCAACUGGCUCCUUCAUGAUGGUGAACAGCUCCGGGCGAGCGUCGGGGCAGAAAGCUCACCUGCUGCUGCCCACGCUGAAGGAGAAUGACACGCACUGCAUCGACUUCCACUAUUACCUGUCCAGCCGCGACCGCUCCAGCCCCGGCUCCCUCAACGUCUACGUCAAGGUCAACGGGGGCCCCCAGGGCAACCCCAUCUGGAACGUGUCGGGAGUGGUGACCGAGGGCUGGGUGAAGGCAGAGCUGGCCAUCAGCACCUUCUGGCCACAUUUUUACCAGGUGAUAUUUGAAUCUGUCUCUUUGAAAGGACACCCUGGGUACAUAGCUGUGGAUGAAGUCAGAGUCCUCGCCCAUCCCUGCAGAAAAGCCCCGCAUUUCCUGCGGCUGCAGAACGUGGAGGUGAACGUGGGGCAGAAUGCCACCUUCCAGUGCAUCGCCGGCGGGAAGUGGUCACAGCACGACAAGCUCUGGCUCCAGCAGUGGAACGGGAGGGACACAGCCCUGAUGGUCACUCGAGUGGUCAACCACAGGCGUUUCUCAGCCACGGUCAGCGUGGCCGACACGUCGCAGCGCAGCAUCAGCAAGUACCGCUGCGUCAUCCGCUCCGACGGCGGCUCCGGCGUCUCCAACUACGCCGAGCUCAUUGUCAAAGAGCCUCCCACCCCGAUCGCCCCCCCGGAGCUGCUGGCCGUGGGAGCCACGUACCUGUGGAUCAAACCCAACGCCAACUCCAUCAUCGGGGACGGGCCCAUCAUCCUCAAGGAGGUGGAGUACAGGACCACCACGGGCAACUGGGCAGAGACCCACAUCGUGGACUCCCCCAACUACAAGCUGUGGCACCUGGACCCCGACGUGGAGUACGAGAUCCGUGUGCUGCUGACGCGCCCAGGGGAAGGGGGCACGGGGCCCCCCGGGCCCCCCCUGACCACCAGGACCAAGUGUGCAGAUCCCGUGCACGGGCCGCAGAACGUGGAGGUGGUGGACAUCCGCUCGCGGCAGCUGACGCUGCAGUGGGAGCCCUUCGGCUACGCCGUGACGCGCUGCCACAGCUACAACCUCACCGUGCACUACCAGUACGUCUUCAACCAGCAGAAAUUUGAGGCAGAGGAGCUCAUCCAGACUUCUUCCCACUACACCCUGCGAGGGCUCCGGCCCUUCAUGACCAUCAGGCUGAGGCUGGCUCUCUCCAACCCCGAGGGCAGAAUGGAAAGCGAGGAGCUGGUGGUGCAGACUGAGGAGGAUGUUCCUGGACCAGUUCCCUUGGAAUCUAUCCAAGGAGGACCUUUUGAAGAGAAGAUCUACGUUCAGUGGAAGCCUCCAAAUGAGACAAAUGGCAUCAUUACACUCUAUGAGAUCACAUACAAGGCUGUUGGGUCUCUGGAUCCCAGUGCUGACCUGUCCAGCCAAAGAGGGAAAGUCUUCAAGCUGCGGAAUGAAACCCAUCACCUUUUUGUGGGAUUGUACCCAGGCACCACCUACUCAUUCACCAUCAAAGCCAGCACAGUCAAGGGCUUUGGGCCACCCAUCACUACCCGGAUUGCAACCAAGAUUUCAGCCCCGUCCAUGCCGGAGUAUGACACGGACUCUCCCCUCAAUGAGACUGACACCACCAUCACCGUCAUGCUGAAGCCUGCUCAGUCCCGGGGAGCACCUGUCAGUGUCUACCAGCUCGUUGUCAAGGAGGAGAAGCUGCAGAAAGCCCGGAGAGCUGCAGACAUCAUCGAGUGCUUCUCUGUGCCAGUGAGCUACAAGAAUGCCUCCAGUCUGGACUCCCCACACUACUUUGCAGCUGAGCUGAAGCCCAUCAACCUUCCUGUCACACAGCCCUUCACCGUGGGUGACAACAAGACCUACAAUGGCUACUGGAAUGCUCCUCUUUCCCCCCUGAAAAGCUACAGCAUAUACUUCCAGGCUCUUAGCAAGGCCAAUGGAGAAACAAAAAUCAACUGUGUCCGGCUGGCAACAAAAGCAGUGAUAGGUAGACAACAGGUGACCACGCGAAACCCGCCCAGCCUCUUGAGCACAGGAGCUUCCACCCAGAAUUCCAAUGCAGUGGAACCUGAAAAGCAAGUUGACAGCACAGUGAAAAUGGCUGGAGUUAUAGCUGGUCUCCUGAUGUUUGUUAUUAUCCUCUUAGGAGCAAUGCUUACCAUCAAAAGAAGAAGAAAUGCAUAUUCCUACUCCUAUUACUUGCAUUCAAGCCAAUGUUUUAGGGGCCUCUCUGUCUUCUACAGGACCAGGAAGCUAGCCAAGAAGCAGAAGGAGACUCAGACCAGCACGCAGAGGGAGAUGGGUCCUGUGGCUACUUCUGACAAGACCUCCACCAAACUCAGUGCUGUUCACAAUGAAGAAGCUUUUUCUUCCAGCUGCCAAGAUGUUAAUGGAUUCACAUCACCCUCUCCUUGUUCAUUUUCUGUCCAAAGCAAAACCCUUCAGAGCAAAUCUAUGUUGAAUUCCUACUACUCAGUUUCAUCAGACACCGUCCCAUCGACCACGCUGUUAGACAGCAGCCACGGGGAGCUGGCGCAGCCCACGCUGACCAUCCAGACCCACCCGUACCGCAGCUGCGAGCCCGUGGAGAUGUCCUACCCCCGGGGGCAGUUCCAGCCGGCCAUCCGAGUGGCAGACCUGCUGCAGCACAUCACCCAGAUGAAGAGGGGACAGGGCUAUGGCUUCAAGGAGGAGUAUGAGGCACUCCCCGAGGGGCAGACAGCGUCCUGGGAUACGGCCAAGGAAGACGAGAACCGCAACAAGAACAGAUAUGGAAACAUAAUCUCCUAUGAUCACUCAAGAGUGAGACUGCAGCUGCUGGAUGGGGACCCUCACUCUGACUACAUCAACGCCAAUUACAUCGACGGGUACCAUCGGCCUCGCCAUUACAUUGCAACUCAAGGGCCGAUGCAAGAGACAGUGAAGGAUUUCUGGAGAAUGAUUUGGCAAGAAAACUCUGCGAGUGUUGUCAUGGUCACCAACCUGGUGGAAGUGGGCAGGGUGAAGUGUGUUCGAUAUUGGCCAGAUGACACAGAAGUCUAUGGAGACAUUAAAGUCACAUUAAUUGAGACAGAGCCAUUGGCAGAGUAUGUCAUACGUACCUUCACUGUCCAAAAGAAAGGCUACCAUGAGAUCCGAGAGAUUCGGCAGUUCCACUUCACCAGCUGGCCGGACCACGGCGUGCCCUGCUACGCCACGGGGCUCCUGGGCUUCGUCCGCCAGGUGAAGUUCCUCAACCCCCCCGAGGCAGGACCCAUCGUGGUGCACUGCAGCGCUGGGGCCGGGAGGACAGGGUGCUUUAUUGCCAUUGACAUCAUGCUGGACAUGGCAGAGAACGAGGGUGUGGUGGAUAUAUUCAACUGCGUGCGAGAGCUGCGCUCCCAAAGGGUCAAUUUGGUGCAGACAGAGGAGCAGUAUGUGUUUGUCCAUGAUGCCAUUUUGGAGGCAUGUCUCUGUGGCAACACAGCCAUUCCAGUCUGUGAGUUCAGAUCCAUAUAUUACAACAUCAGCAGACUGGAUCCACAGACCAAUUCCAGCCAGAUAAAAGAUGAGUUUCAGACCCUGAACAUCGUGACGCCGCGGGUGCGGCCGGAGGACUGCAGCAUCGGGCUGCUGCCCCGCAACCACGACAAGAACCGCUGCAUGGACGUGCUGCCCCUGGACCGCUGCCUGCCCUUCCUCAUCUCCGUGGAUGGCGAGUCCAGCAACUACAUCAAUGCUGCACUCAUGGAUAGCCACAAGCAGCCUGCUGCCUUCAUUGUCACCCAGCACCCCUUGCCCAACACCAUCACAGACUUCUGGAGGCUGGUGUUUGAUUACAACUGCUCCUCCGUGGUGAUGCUCAAUGAGAUGGAUGCAGCACAGCUCUGCAUGCAGUACUGGCCGGAGAAGACGUCCUGUUGUUAUGGCCCCAUCCAGGUGGAGUUUGUUUCAGCAGACAUUGAUGAAGAUAUCAUCAACCGGAUAUUCCGGAUUUGCAACAUGGCCAGGCCGCAGGACGGGUACCGCAUCGUGCAGCACCUGCAGUACAUCGGCUGGCCGGCCUACAGGGACACCCCUCCCUCCAAGCGCUCCCUGCUGAAGGUGGUCAGGAGGCUGGAGAAGUGGCAGGAGCAGUACGAUGGCAGAGACGGGCGCACUGUGGUCCACUGCUUGAACGGCGGAGGCCGCAGCGGCACCUUCUGUGCCAUCUGCAGUGUGUGUGAAAUGAUCCAGCAGCAGAACAUCAUCGAUGUGUUCCACAUAGUGAAAACGCUACGGAAUAACAAAUCCAACAUGGUGGAGUCACUGGAACAGUAUAAAUUUGUAUACGAGGUUGCACUGGAAUACUUGAGUUCCUUUUAGCCCAACGAAGGGAGGGGACCCCACGAUGUGCCAGACCCCAAACUCUGGCGGAUGCUUCUCCCCUGUCCCACACUGGAAGGCAGUAACAAGUGUGGGAAGGAAAACUUCUCCUUCCUUCUCAGCAAGAGACUGAGGUUGCAGAGACCUCGCUGGAAGGAGGAGAUGAUGCCUGUGUGUGCUGCUGCCUGCUUUCUAUCGGAACAUCUACUGCUUCUUAAAUAACUUACUGUAAAAAUUAGCAACAUGGGAGACAGGCUGAAAGACUGGACUUUCUAAUCCCCUCUGACUUCUCUCCUCUUUUGGAUUGUGUUUUUGUUCUGCUUGCUGCAGAGUGGGGAAGGAAUGAAACCCUUAGGAAAUUCUCUUUUAAAUGUCUCCUUUUUAAUUUAUAAUUUUGUUCUCAAAUCCCAGCCUUUUAAUUUUUUUAAUUUCAUGCAGCAGUCAUUUGGGAAAAAUGAGAUAGCCAUAGGGGAUACAUGAAAUGUUUCAUUACAAUUUGUCUACCUUAUCUGUUUCCUUUUAUUUGUUUUUCCAAAUGAAAAGGCCAACACACACAAAAAAAGACUAUGCUGGAAUUCUUUUCCCAAAUGUAGUCCCUUUAAGCAUGAAAAUAGAUAGUGGAGAUGAGAAGCUGUUCAUGGAUCCGCUGCCUCCACAGAAAUAUUUCCUCCCAGUUUCUGCUCGACUUCAGGGCCGUGCAUGACCCAGUUCCAUCCCUCUGGUCUGUGUCCUUUGGCUGCUGGUGAGGCUGUUGAGGAGUUUCCCAGCCACUUGAACCUGAAGGUUAAAUAUUUGCAUCCAACAAAUGGCAUUUGUCUGGCAGCUUUGGUGACUUGGUUACCCCAUUUCCCAAGUAUUAGCUGGGGUGCAGUGUGUCUCUGACAAACAGGGUAUGAAGUAGGUAUUAUUGCUCAUAUACUAUGAAUGACUAUUUUUUAUUUAUUAUUUGUAUUGCUGUAGAAUUUAGGACCCCUAGUCACGCCAGGACCCUGCUGAACUAGGCACUGUGCAAGCAGACAGCAAAGAAAGUUCCUGCUCAAGAGUUUAAAAGUCUGAAGGUUCUUAAAAUUGAGUUUGGGCAGGAUUUCCUCACUAUUUCCAGGCCCUACAAGCUUCAAAAUUGUAACCCACUGGAGCUGUAGGAAAGGUGAUGUACAUACACAGAAACCUGUUCUGACACCUGUAAAGAGAAGUGUUAGCCCAGCACAGCAACUUCUCUUCUUAAGCAAAACAGCUUUUGUUUUAUUAUGCAAAAAUGCCUGUGCAAGUCUCCUUCUCUGAAACAAACACCAGAUGUGUUUUGCCACGGUUGUAGACCUCAUUCUGACUCCUUAGCAGCUAAGAAAUUGCUUUUCUGACAAAGUAUGUUUAAGUAGUUAAUCACUAAGGUCUGCAGGGUAAUCUUGGGGAAAAAAAUAAUUGAAUGAGCAAGACUUUACCAUAAUUAGUAUUUCAAUUUAGCCAUUUAUUUAUCUUGAAGGUGUGGGAUAUGAGAUUUCCCUGUGUGUAAAAUGGAUUCUGGGGUGUAGGGUUCUUUAAAUUCAGACUUGCUAAAAGAUAGACUAAAGGUAAGAGUUGAAGGAAACUCCAAUUUUCUUAUCACCCUGUAGUUUUCCACCCUCAAGUAAAUACUCAGAGACUGCUGGGAGCUCUGUCCUGUCCAUGCCUGCACAGAGCAUGCCAGAGGUUCAAAAUGUUUUGCUAAUGCUGUCUGUGAAUUCAAAAGGCACCUCUGCUUCAUGGUCAUUCUUUCUUCAGUAGUCAGACCCUCACCUGGACCAGGAGGGAUAGAAAUGAAAUCUGGAAAAGCAGCUCUUGACUGAGGCACACCAGUACCCAACCAAACCAUUGUCAUCCACCAGGACCUGCACCAGCCUAGGGCAGGAUGCUUGGAGUUCCAUUAAUACCCCUCUUGACAAGCAAAGGAUCCUCAACCACCUGGGGUUUCUCUAAGGAGCUUUGGAUUCUUGGUUUUAAUAUCAUGAAGGUCUUAACUGAUCAUGAACCACCUUCUCACAGGAGCCUCUGUGCUGUUUCUGGUUGCCUGCAAAAAAAAAAAAAAAAAAAAAGAAA